AUGGAGCGUAAGGACUUGUCCGUGGUUUACCUGUGGACUUGCCACGGCAUUUCCCCGUUCCUGGGCAGGAAGCUACAGGUGCUAUUUUCACAAAACUUUGUCAAGGCCGUUUUAAAUGAAAAUGCUUUUCUUUUUCUUACUGUCAUUCGACACAAAGCGUUUCCCUGGGUGUUAUCUGAUGAGCAUUACCAGAUGUUAUUACAAACAAUCAAAAAGAUCAUCGACAAGCAGAUUAAUCCCUUUGUGGACAAGUGGGAAGAAGAAGGACAGUUCCCAGCACAUAAAAUAUUUAAAACCCUGGGACAGGCUGGGUUCCUUGGUGUGGAUAAGCCAAGAGAAUAUGGCGGCAUGGGCUUGGACUUCUCCUAUAGCAUUGCAGUGGCAGAAGAGCUGGGAAGUAUCCGCUGUGGAGCUAUUCCUAUGGCUGUUGGAGUGCAAGCUGGCAUGGCUACUCCUGCUCUUACAAGGUUUGGUUCUGAGGAGUUGAAAAAACAGUUCCUGGUACCAACUAUAGCUGGAGAUUUUGUGGCUUGCUUGGGAAUCAGUGAAGUUGGAGCUGGGUCAGAUGUGGCAAAUAUCAAGACGACAGCUGUGAGAAAAGGCAAUGAGUAUGUCAUAAAUGGUGGCAAGAUGUGGACUACGUCCGGGUGCCAAGCAGAUUGGAUGUGCCUGCUGGCAAACACCAGUGAAGGACCUCACCAUCAAAAUAAAUCUCUCAUAUGUCUGCCAAUGAAUCUACCUGGCAUUCAUGUUGCUAAAAAGAUAGACAAACUAGGUAUGAGGUCAUCAGACACAGCUCAGAUCUUUUUUGAAGAUGUAAGGGUCCCCAGCAAAAACCUCAUCGGUGAGGAAGGAAAGGGUUUUACAUAUCAGAUGUUGCAAUUCCAAGAAGAGCGCCUGUGGGCAGUAGCAAGCGUCCUGACACCGCUGCAAACUAUAAUAGAAGAAACAAUUGACUACACUCGCCAGCGGAAAGCGUUUGGCCAGUCCGUCCUGCACAACCAAGCCGUGCACUUCCGCCUGGCCGAGCUGGCAACCGAAGUGGAGCUCCUUCGCUCGCUGCUGUACCGCACCGUUGCGCUCUAUGUGGAAGGCAAUGAUGUGACAAAAUUUGCCGCCAUGGCUAAGCUAAAGGCAGGUCGUCUGGCCCGUGAAGUGACUGAUAGCUGUCUCCAGUUUUGGGGAGGAAUGGGAUUCACCAGUGAGGUUCUGGUGAGCAGGUUUUACAGAGACUUGAGAUUAGUUUCCAUAGGAGGUGGUACAGAUGAAACCAUGCUUUCCAUCAUAUGCAAAUACAUGGAAACACUUCCAAGCAAGUGAUGCAUCUCCACUCGUCCUUGAAAAUUAAGCAAGAGCAUGGCUUGUACUGCACACUGAAGG